CUUUUAGAGGAAUUAGGAUCUAAAUUGCAAUUGCUUUACUUUGAAGUUGGAUUUGUAGGGAACAUAAAUGCAGGUUGCUGGUUAGGAAUACUUGGAAAUGUGAUUAUUUUCUUGUUCUUUCUCCUUCUUGUUCUGAUAGAUAAGCUGAGCUUGACCCUUGAGACCUCAGCAUUGAAAUGCAGGCUGUGUACCGCUAAGCUACAAGCUUGAAUCUGCAGUGUGUUGAUUUCCCUUGGGUGAACGGCUUCAGUUGUGGGUUUGCUCCCCCCAUAGACACGAGUUCGAGUCCCCUCCCUGUGAAUUACCCGAUGCACGUGGUUGGCAGGUUUUGCAGUUCUCCAGCUUGUCAAUCAUGGAAAGAAGAAAGGAGAAAGAUGAAGUAUACAGUUGUGAGAUCAAAGUGAGAGAGAAUCCGCAGAGACAAAAGGAAAAAGUUUACAUUGGUUGUGGGGCAGGGUUCAGAGGUGAUCGGCCGUUGGCAGCUCUCAAAUUGCUUCAGAGGGUCAAAGAAUUGGACUACCUCGUACUAGAGUGUUUGGCAGAGCGGACCCUUGCGGACCACUACCAAGUUAUGAUGAAAGGAGGGAAAGGGUUUGAUCCUCAAAUUUCCGAUUGGAUGUCUUUGCUCCUACCUUUGGCUGUGGAAAGAGGAGUUUGUUUAAUUACCAAUAUGGGUGCAAUGGACCCACAUGGUGCACAGGUAGCAGUCCUAGAUGUAGCAAGCAGUCUAGGCCUUGAUAUAACCGUUUCUGUGGCUUAUGAGGUUGCUCUUACCAAAUCAGGAUCAACGUCUUCCCACGAGAGAUCCAUUCGAAGGGAAGGUGGUGUUAGCACAUAUCUGGGAGCAGCUCCACUUGUUCAAUGUUUGGAGAGGCACAAGCCACAUGUUAUAGUUACUUCACGGGUCGCCGAUGCUGCCUUAUUUUUAGGUCCAAUGGUUUAUGAACUUGGGUGGAACUGGAAUGACUUCAAUCAACUAGCACAAGGAGCCCUAGCUGGUCAUCUUCUAGAGUGUGGAUGUCAACUCACAGGGGGGUACUUCGCACAUCCAGCAGGAGACAAGUACCGAAACUUAUCUUUCCAACAGCUUUUAGAUUUGUCACUUCCAUAUGCUGAAGUGGAUUUCAAUGGAAACAUAUGUAUUGCAAAGGUAGAAGGCAGUGGAGGUAUUUUAAAUUUUAGCACUUGCGCUGAACAGCUUCUUUAUGAGAUUGGAGACCCUGGUGCUUAUAUUACUCCGGAUGUGAUCAUUGAUAUUCGAGAUGUUUCCUUCUGCUCAGUAUCGAGUGAUAAAGUUACCUGCACUGGAGCAAAACCUUCCAAUCAAUGCUUCCCGGAAAAACUUUUGCAGUUGCUUCCAAAGGAAUGCGGAUGGAAAGGGUGGGGAGAGAUAUCCUAUGGAGGCAAUGAAUGUGUAAAGCGUGCCGAAGCUGCGGAGUUUCUGGUUAGGUCAUGGAUGGAAGAAGCAUUUCCUGGUGUUACGGAUCGUAUCAUGUCUUAUAUCAUUGGACUUGAUAGCCUGAAGGCAACCAACACAAGUGACAACAAUUCAUCCAUGAGGCAUAAUGAGGAUAUAAGGCUGCGUAUGGACGGUUUAUUUGAGCUGGAGAAGCAUGCAUGUCAUUUUGUUGCGGAGUUUACAGCUCUCUACACAAACGGACCAGCCGGUGGGGGUGGAAUCAGCACUGGCUACAAGAAGGAGAUGCUUCUUCAUAAGGAACUGGUCAGGCGUGAAUGCAUUUUCUGGCGAACAGAAACUCAACAAACCAAAACCUCGAACUCAUGCAACCAGAUUACACCUUCCAUGGAUGUUGGGAGAUCCAGUAUCACACACAAAUCAUUUUUUCCGCAAGCAAUUAUGGAAAAUGAUCUCACUCAGCUUCGACAGCCAGGCCCAUCCAGCGGGAAGGUUCUUCUCUAUCAGGUGGCCCAUAGCAGGGCGGGAGAUAAAGGAAACGACUUGAAUUUCUCCAUCAUCCCUCAUUUCCCUCAAGACAUCAAGAGGCUGAAGGUGGUCAUUACCCCUGCAUGGGUGAAGGGUGUGGUUUCGAGCCUUUUAGAUCUGUCUUCUUUUCCCAACCCGGACGCUAUCACAAAGAGAAACAGCUGGGUGGAUGACCAUGUGACAGUGGAAGUUUAUGAAGUUGAAGGAAUCCAUUCUUUGAACGUGGUGGUGCGGAAUAUUUUAGAUGGUGGCGUCAACUGUUCCCGGAGGAUUGACCGGCACGGGAAGUGUAUGUCGGAUCUCAUCUUAUGUCAGCAGGUUGUGUUGCCUCCCUGAUUCAAUUUACCAAGGUAUCAUUUCCUUGAGGGAGUGCUUGGAUAUGCUAUUGAAUCUGAUUGUGAUAAUUAGUUCAAUAAAGCAUGGAUAAAAAAAACCUGAAAACUCGACCCAACUUGAUGUCAAGCCUGAUUGCAUCAACUACUUGAAUCGAUGUUUAAUUAUCAAAUUAGAAAUAUUUAAGCUA